CUAGAGCAGCUGCCCAAAGAAGUUAGAUUACGAUUUGACUAAAUCCGACGAAUGAAGGAGUAGUGGGCCAAAUGAUGAUACAAGGUCGGUCCAAUCCUCCGUCCGUGCCGGAAUUACAAGGACAUCUCAUCCAUUUUCAACACAAAAAAUGGCGUUAUCAAAAUCCGUGUGAUGAUCCGAUAAUCCACCCUUGGAAACGCGCUCCGCUCUGUCGCUGGGGGAACAGAGAUUGAUGAUCGGAGAAUCUGUUGUUUUGCAGGCUCCUCUGAGUUAUCAUCUCAAGGUUUUUUUUGUUGGUUCCUUUUUUUUUAAGAUGGAGUUCGGGGAAAAUCAGGUGCUCCAUUAUCUGCUGCUUCAGCAUCAGCCUGUCGGUGAGGUCUCAGUGAAGAGAUCUGACUUAGCGUCUCGUGAAUUUUCUCGAGGAAGGCCAGCCCCUCAGUUGAUCUAUUUUCAAGAGCUUCUCUCUUCUAUGGUAAAAUAUUUUCAGAAGCUACUGGAUUUGAUAGUCAAAUAUGGCUGGGAUUUUGAUCAUUACUUGGAAGAAGACGUCUCUGCUGGCUGCAGUGAGAGCUCAAAGCAAGCCCACGGGAGGUAUUCUACUCUAUGCAAUGUUGUCACAUUGUGCUUUUGAAGGACAAGAACCUUGCCGCCGUUGUGACACCGACAUCAUCAGUUGAUUACACAACCUCGAAUUCAAGGAUCAAUUUGCUUCUGCCUCUUGUAUGUGGAUAUUACAUGUUAUUUUGCUCUCUGCCUUGGAUUCUUUUUACCAGAAUUGUGAUAAGUACUUCAGGGUUUACGUCAGAGGCAGGAAGAGAGGAAAAGAAGCAGUAAAUGGUGAGGAUCAAGAGGAAGGAGCUGAAGAAGUGGCUGAAGAAGGAGCUGAAGAAGGAGCUGGAGGGACAAGAGAAGGGAGCUGAAGCAAGAAGGAACAUCUGAAGAAAAAGGUACGCUGUUCUUAGAUUUGUUUGUUUGUGUAUAAGGAUAGUAUAUGUUGAUUGUGUUGUUGCAUAGUUGGUUAGUAGUUGUGAAUAAACAGCUGUAUUGUCUGUUAUAGUUAGGAAUGUGGUUAGCUGUUAGUAAUUCUGUUAGGAUGGGAUUGUAUAAAUAGUGUAGAGAAGGGAUUGAAGGGUUUUAGGCAAUUUCUAGUACAGAAUUGUAAGGGGAAGAGAGUGGGGACCUCUCUCAAAUCAAAGUCAUCCAACGUGUACCUGUUUUCGGUGAUCAAUAAAGCUGGGCAGUUCUUC